AUGACGAUGGCAGUGAUGCAGCCUUUGAUGUCAAACAACAUGUGGAGCACAAAUCUCUGUGACUGCUGCGACGACAUGAGCAUAUGCUGCUGUGGCCUUUGGUGUUACCCUUGCUUGGUCGGCAGCACUCUCUCGGACGUCAAUGAAAAUAGUUGUUUAGGAUGCUGUGGUUGUGGAUGCCCUUCCCCUGUCCACCUGGCCCUGCGCUACGGAGUCAGGAAGCAGUACGGCAUAGAGGGUUCUCUCUGCAGUGAUUGGUGCAAAGUGGCCUGUUGCAGCGUGUGUUCCAUGUGCCAGGUUGCCCGUGAGAUCAAGCGCCGCAAAGCACAACAGGCAACUACUACUGUGAUCAAUGUCCAACCUGUUCACAUGCCAAUGGCCAGUGUGGGUGAUGCAUUGGCUGCCGGCCUCAGCCAGGACAGCUCUAUUCAUCAGUGA